AUGCCAUCGUCCAUUCAUUCCACCUUGGAUGCACCCGAUGCUCGAUCGGUGCCCACCAGUGGCGACUCCAAGGUCGGGCUCGUUGAACAGCUCGGUAGGUCAACUCGAGGCGGCUGACGUGCUUUUGCGUCCGGUUGUGAAUGAGUCGGCCACCUUUCGCAGAGCUAAACGUUAAACACUGCCCCUUUUUCCUCAAAUUCAGGCGUAGAGCCAUACGUAGAUGUCCGAGCCGAGACGGUGAGUUGUCCUGUCGGGAAUCCGAUGUAUCUUGAUUCGAGCUUUUCCCUCGCUGACAUUCAAGUAGUUUUUCAGGCCCUGAGGCGCAAGAUUGAUCGACGCGUGAUCGCGCCUGUAUUUCUCAUGUGCUUAUUUUCGUUCAGUAAGUCCCCGAGCUCAACAACAGGCGCUCUCGGGAGAUAACAGGUCACUAAUAAGUCUCCUGUCACCUAGUUGACCGUGCGAAUGUGGCGAAUGCCCGAAUCGCUGGGAUGGAGAAAGACCUUCAGAUGACGGGGAUUUAUGAGUGAGCCCCUGAAGCAUCGUCCGCCUCGGACAGCUCGGCCGACCCAAGGGGACCACUGAUGUUCCGAAACAAUCCCAUAGUUUCAACUUGCUCGUUACGAGCUUUUACAGUAAGUGACCUUUGCGUUCGUUCGACGAUUGUCAAAGGUCCACAAGCAUCAGUGCAUUCAAACUCAUCUGUUCCCCUCUUUGAUGUCUCCAGUCGGAUACCUCGUCAACGAAAUUCCCGGCAACUACCUCUGCAAAGUCUUCGGUCCCUCGCGCUUCCUCCCCUGUAUCACCCUCCUCUUCGGCAUCUUCUCCGUCGCCAAUGCAUUCGCCAAGACGUUCGGCCAAAUGAUGGGCUUACGAUUCAUCUUGGGCGUGUGCGAGAGCGCUUUGCUCCCGGGGUCGGUUUAUUACAUGUCGCGAUGGUAUAGGAAGGAUGAGCUGGCGGUUAGGAUCGCCUCGUUUAGGUGAGUGUGAACGCUGAGCGGAGCAAGGUGGAGCGUUGAGAUGUUAAUGCUUCACUCGUUCCGCCAGUGUGGCGAGUCCGGUCUCGGGGGCAUUUGGAGGUGAGAAGGGACCCAGCUAGAUUCUUCCUGCACGGCGGAAACUGAAUUCUCCAACACUCCAGGUCUACUUGCCAGUGGUCUCAUACAAGCCCGUCCCUUUGGAAUGGUCCGUAGUUGGCGAAUGAUCUUCUUUGCUGUACGUCGAGCAGAACGCAGAGGCCUGAUGCAGCAGACUUCCGACACCCUGACACCUUCAUCCGCUACAUCCCCCACAGGAAGGUUUCAUCACGAUCGGUGUCAGUAUCAUGGCCUGGUUUGUCAUGACCGCAAGUCCAGAAACGGCGACGUGGUUGUCGGCGGACGAAAAGGAGCUCGCGGUGAAUCGAGUCAAGUCGGAGAACGUCGGCGCCACCACAUUGAUCGACAAGGCAUCAAAGCGGCUCUACCUUCAAGGAAUGUUCAAUAAGACCGCGAUCGUGUGCGCCUUGCUCAAUACGUGCAACAAUCUGACUGGCCGUUCGUCACGCCUCCUGUCCUCACUGUGUCUUCCCUCGAAUCUCUGCUAACUCUCCGAUUUUCACCAUCUGUGCGCAGAGGGCCAGGUGUUCUUCCUCCCUUCGAUCGUCAAGUCAAUCUACCCUCACCGUUCUGUUGUCUCACUGCAGCUCUUCACUGUACCACCUCAUGCCGUCGGUAUCUGCUGGACCCUCGGCGUCGCCUACCUCUCGUACCGCACACGCAGGCGCGCCAUCUACAUCGUGAUCUGCUCGAGCGUGAUGCUCAUGGCGUACAUCAUGUUCAUCGCGACGCUGAACGCAAAAGUCCGCUACGCGGCCUGCUUCCUCAUCGGUGCCGUCCACGCCAACGCCGUAAUGAUCCUGUCCUGGACGGCUAUCAACACCACGAGCGAAACAGCUCGUGCCGGUGCGUUGGCAUUGAACGUCCUCUUCGCCAACCUCGGCGGCGUCGCGGCCGGGUGGACCUUCAUCGCCAAGUUUGGGCAGCGUCAAAUCCCAGGCAAUGCCAUGAACCUCUGCACCUCGGCCAUCCUCAUUGGUACGAGUGGUGGCUUGUGGUGGUGGCAAGCGAAGGAAAAUCGUAGGAGGGAUGAGGAGGCGAGCUCCGACGGGAACGAGGGGUUGAGCAAGCACGGAGAGGGGAUGGACGACGCGCCGUUGGGUCAGACCCAUCCUGAUUUCCGAUUCUUUCAUUGA